AUGUCGUCAUUGGCCCUGAAACCAGAAGUUUCCGUGUCGAUUCCCAAGUUGCUAUUGGCUGCUGUGCAGCCCUAUCAAACCAUUGCCGGCCCUGCGCUAAGCACCAACUUCUUAACACAUACCUCUUUACUUCCGUUUCAAAAGCUUUCAUUCACGCAUAGCAGCGUCGCGCCCGUGUAUUUUCAUACUUUACUGCACUCAUUAGCGGAGUACUGUGAGACGCCACAACCAGUGCGAAGCAGCCAUGUGAAGCAGCUGCAUCCGCCCCACGAGAACUUCUGGGAUGACGUUGGGACUCUAAAUUGCUUUUACUCCACUACGUACCGUCCACGCAACCGGGAGCAUCCAGCCAUGGGCGCAGUGGAGCUAGUGCACGCGUCGCAUCGAAGGGAAUGUGAUGUCAGGCUAACCUUGUAUGACCAAACGUAUCAACCACUAGUCGCGAUGCUCAUGACAGGACCGAGGGGAAACAAAACACUCCCUGUGCUCCCAAUAGAUGGCUCUCCUACCGCUCCAGAAGGAGGUUCUAAUAGUUUGCGUUGUAGGAUGUUGCCACGGAUGCUACCACCAUCUGAGCGGGAGGGCUAUUGGCGUUCUAACAUCCAGUGGUGUGGAAUUGAGGACGUUUCAAUGGGUGAAUCAGGAAAUGCCAGCAGUUUUGGGGGCCUCUACGGGCCCCUGGAGUUGCUGCAAGGUGGUGGCUACGCUCAGCGCGUGUGCUACCGUCUCUCAAUAAAAGAGAGCCCUUCGGCCGAAGCGAGCCACGAUGAGACUCAGAGUGUGGUCGGUAUGCCCUCAGAAAAAGCGAAUCAAACAGUAAGUAAAAAAGAGGACGACGCGGCAGGCUCAGCCGCGGUACCACAUCAUCCUCCCCAGCUGGCGUCAGUUCAGCAAGAGCCGCGGCAGCAAUUGGUUGAGGCGCCGCCGUGGAUGUUAACAGCCACCGUCCGGGAUCUGUGUGAGCGGCUACAUCGAGAGGGGUGUCUCUCCCCGGCGGAGGGUGGGAUGCCGAAUCUUGCGGAAGGCACCGCGUGGUGCAUGACAGCCUAUCAAGGGGUUCAAUGCGGUGACGUCGUGUUCAAUGAAUCGUUCGACAUCGUGUGUGCGGCUCCACGGGUGCAGCCAACCUACCGUGUUGCACCUUGGCGACAUCAAAUCGGUCAACCCGUGGCGAAGGGGUACGGUCCAUGUGUAGUGUCUCUGAGGGUUGAGAUACGGCAGUUUAGUGAGGUUAUCUUGUGUGGAACGUUUUAUUUUCAACCCGAUCUGCCGGAAUAA